AUGCUCAUUGGUAUAUGUGGAAGCAUUUGCUCCGGCAAAAAGACGGUGGCGCAAUAUCUUGUCGAGCACCACGGCUUCAAGCGCCUCUACCUACGCGGCGAUAAUCUAGGAGUCAAUGGUAUCCGGGAGAACGCUUCUGAAGAAGCCACCGACUCUGGCCCGGCCGCUCACGGCAGCCAUUUACCCGAUUCGCUGGCAGUGCGAAGUGAUCAUGAGAGCCACACAUUUGACACGGCCGAGGCGCUUCUAGAUUUCGUGACGCUCAGCUGGCGCAGCCGCUUCGUUACCACCGACAUCCCCACAGAAAAGGCUCUCGACGUGUUGCUGCGCCGGCCCUUCUUCAUGCUCCUCUCGACCGACGCGCCACUCCUCGUGCGCUGGCGGCGGCACUCUGCGCGGCUCGAGGCCAGCGGCACGGCGGGCGCCUCGCCGCUCUCCCUCGACGCCUUCGCGGCCGAGAACGACCGGCACCUGUUCUGCCCGCGGCAGGGUCUGCAGCCGCUCAUUUCGCGCGCGACGGUGCGGCUGCUCAACACGUCGCCGUCGCUGGCGCACCUGUACGCGACGCUCGGCACGCUGGACAUCCCGAACCCGGAGCGGCUGCGGCCCGGGUGGGACACGUACUUCAUGUCGCUGGCGGCGCUGGCGGCGCAGCGCUCCAACUGCAUGAAGCGGCGGGUCGGGUGCGUGCUGGUCGGCGAGGGCCACCGGGUCGUGUCGACGGGGUACAACGGCACGCCGCGCGGGCUGCGCAACUGCGCCGACGGCGGGUGCCCGCGCUGCAACAGCGGCCACUCGUCGGGCGUCGGGCUCGCGACGUGCCUCUGCCUCCACGCCGAGGAGAACGCGCUGCUCGAGGCCGGUCGGGAUCGCAUCCGCGGCGGCUCCGUGCUGUACUGCGACACCUGCCCGUGCCUGACGUGCAGCAUCAAGAUUUGCCAGGUCGGCAUCAGCGAGGUCGUCUACGCGCACGGCUAUAGCAUGGACACGGAGACGGCGGCCGUGUUUCGCCAGGCCGGCGUCAAGCUGAGGCAGUUUACACCGCCCCCGAAUGGAUUGAUUCACCUUACAAAAAUGGACCUGCAUUAG